AUCGUAUCAUAAGUACCUGUGCUAUAUGUCUACUCCAGAUGAUGGACUUACAAAGCUUGAUGACUUAAUUAAGGGUAUUCAUUUCGCUGAAGAUCAAACGGAACAGGAUGCUACUUCAUCAGAAUCGGGAUUGGAGAAAGAGCCACGGGUAAAGAAUCAGUAUGGAAAAAGCAGUAUUGAUGAUGAUACGGAGUCGCCAGGUUCCAGGAGUGAGGAAACAAAACUGGAUGUUAAUUCAGUGAUCUUGAAGCAGAUUUCUUACCUUGGCUGUUCGAAGAUUGAAACUGCUAGUAGCGAGGCUGAAAUGCUUAAAAUUAUGCACCUUUUAAAUAAAGAAGCUGUUCAAGAUCCUAUAGAUGUAGUUUUGUCAGUUCCGAAUUCUGCACAUGGGAUUGUCAGAAUGUAUGAGAGCAAGGGGACUUCAGAAAUGGUUAACUUUCCGGUUCAUAGAAUAAGGUUUUGUGCUCGUGGACAGUUGAACACUUCGGAAAAAGAUUGUUUUGCUCUCGCAUUUACACAACAAAACGCUACUGCUACAGAGCCGGCUCUUCACUAUUGUCAUGUGUUUAGAUGCCAUACUCCAGAAGGGGCUGGGAAGGCGCUUUUGUGUUUUGUCACUGCAUUCCGUAACAACAAAGCUGGAAACGGUGCUCCGUCACUAAGUCUGGAUCCCAAAAACUCGAGGAAAUCCGCAAAAAGUUUUGAUGGGGACUCGAGUUUCGACGCUGGAAAAACUUUUGUUGUGGAAGGGGAAGAAGACUAUCAGUUCGAUGCUUUUCUUGAAAUGAAAGAGGAAGACCCUAAAAAAGGGUUCACUUUUUGCCCACAGGAAAAAAAUUGCUUCAAGCUUAGGAGAGAUAGAGAAAAGCGUGUGUUUGUUGUUCUACAACAAACUAGUGGUCCAAAACCUCUGAUUGUGAAAAAAUGUUUCGGUUUACUUCUUGCAGCUGGUAGGAACUUACGGCAAAGCGAUAUGCAUCUUUUAGAUAUGCAGUCUAUGGGUCGUGGUAAUGACAACAGAAAUUAUAUAAUAGAGGCUGUUUGGAAUCCUCAUGCUCAAAGUUUUGAAGUAUUGAAUACAGAAACCCCUAGAGAAACUCGCGUUUUUAUGACUGUUGCUGUUGACAUUAUUUUCGUUGGUAUCGAUGAGCCAAUAAGAUUUAUUAUGGAAUGCAAAGCUCGUAUUUUUCAUGAACACGAACGUUUUUGGUAUGUGACUAGAAGACCGGUCGUUGAGAAGUAUUAUUUGACUUUAAAGGUAAAGAAUCAAGUAGUUCGUUUCGAGUCUGCUACUGAAAGGGAACGUUCGCUCAAUCGCGUAUCAUUGGGCCGUUCUCCAACAAAAAUGCCUACGCAGUUAAUUCAUCCUGCAGAUGAUGAUGAUUCUGACAGUGAUGAGCCUUUGCUUUCUGGUUCGGGAGAAGUGAACCAGGAGUGUUCUGAAGAUGUCCGUAGCGCUUGGGAGUCGAUGCUUAAAGAGUGGAAGAAGGACACAUCUGGAACCAGACCGGAAGGGCUUGCUAAUUUGAUAUUGAACGGGGUCCCUGAUGUUUUACGAGGAGAGAUUUGGCAGUGUCUUGCAAAUGUUCAAGCCGACCCGGAACUCACCCAAACGUAUCGCCUUCUUUUAGGGAAGGAGUGUCCAUCGGAGCAAGUUAUACUGCGGGAUAUUCAUCGGACAUUUCCAGCUCACGACUUUUUCAAACAAGCUGGUGGAGAAGGCCAGGAAUUAUUGUACAGAAUUAGUAAAGCAUAUUCUUUGUAUGAUGAGGAAGUCAGCUAUUGUCAAGGGCUUUCUUUUCUUGCCGCAGCUUUGCUUCUUCACAUGCCUGAAGAGCAAGCGUUUUGUACACUUGUGAAAAUAAUGUUUGAUUACGGGUUGCGAGAUCUAUUUAAAUUAGGUUUUGAUGUAUUACAUCUUCGAUUUUAUCAGUUGCAGAGAUUAAUUGAGGAUUACGUUCCUGAUCUUUUUGCUCAUUUCUAUGAUCUCGGUGUGGAGACUCAUAUGUAUGCUUCACAGUGGUUCCUCACACUAUUUACUGCCAAAUUUCCUUUACAGAUGGUUUAUUUUAUAGUUGAUCUCUUUCUUAGCGAGGGUAUGAAUACGAUAUUUCAUAUAUCUUUAGCUCUGCUGAAGGACUCUAAAAAGGAGCUACUACAGCUGGAUUUUGAAGGGGCAUUAAAGUACUUCCGAGUUGUAUUACCGCGGAAAUAUCGCUCUGAAGCAAGUGCAAAAGAGUUAAUUCAUCAGGCAGUAAACUUUAAGAUUAGCCAUAAGCGGCUUUCAAAAUACGAGAAGGAGUAUUAUUCGUUAAAGGAAAAAGAACUGCAGUCGCAGGAUCCAUUAGAAAGACUUGAACGUGAAAAUUUGCGGUUAAACGAAACUGUUUUACGAUUAGAGCGAGAAAACGACGACUUAGCUCACGAGCUUGUGACAAGUAAGAUAGAAUUGAGAAGGAACCUUGACACAGCAGAGGAUAGUGUAGAAAGUUUACAAGGUCAACUGGAACGUUGUGCGAGAGCCAAUAAAGAUUUGGAAGAUGAAAACUCAAAUCUACAUGGGGAGUAUGAAAGGGUAAAAGAAAUGUGUCGACGUGAGGUGUUGAGAUUGGAAGCUGAGUCAGAGCGUGCGCAAGGGAUCAUUGCAAACUAUAAACAAAUUUGUUCAGACCUUAGUCAUCGCUUGGACAAGCAGGAAGAAGAGUUUAAAGAAAAGAAGAAAUUAUUUGCCACCAAAGUUUCACAAUGCGAGCAGUGUUCUCAGGUCCUAUCCGAGAUUGAAGAUUUUAGUGGAAGUCCCGCGAAAAAGUUCUCUCCAAUUACUGAAAAUGGAUGUGGUCUAAAAGCGAUGGAGCUUAUGGAAAAAUUGGAGGAAAAAGAGGAACACAUUCGGCAAAUUGAACUUGAGUUAGCUCAGACGAAGUUGGCCCUUGUGGAAGCUCAUUGUCGCAACCAAGAUUUAAGUCACCAAAUGACUACUGUUAACAACGAUCAUGAUAGUAAAAGUGCUGCCUGGCUGAGGAAAACGCUGUCAUCAAUUAAGGAAGUUGGGACGUCUUUGAAACAGCAAACUCACGAGCGGAAUUUAAGUUUUUCUUCUCUAGAGAAAUUCUGAUU